AUGGCGGACGCGGCUCUCGGCUACGUCGUGCAACGGGUCGGCGACCUCCUCAUCAAUGAAGCCGUCUUCCUGUACUCGGUGAAAGAUCAGGUGGAAUGGGUCAAGGAGGAGCUCCAGGCGAUGGAGUGCUUCCUGAAGGACGCCGACUCGAAGAGCAAGGGGGAUGAAAGGGUGAAGAACUGGGUGAGGCAAGUGAGGGAAAUCGCUUAUCGGGCGGAGGACCUUGUCGAGUCCUUCGUCCUCGAUGCCGAUGGGAGACGUCGGAGGAGGAAGGGCUUCAUCCGGACCAUUUUGUGUUGCCGCCUUCCGUCCCCCAACGGCAUCAUCCUACUCCACCAAUUCGGUGACGAGAUCGAGGCCAUACGGGCCAAAAUCGAUGAAAUCAAUCGACGAAGAGGUACCUACGGAAUCCAGGACGUGGGCGGAGAGCCGGGGAGGCAGAUCGACAACACAGUGCGGGAACGAAGGCGGGUCGUUCUCCAUGCGACAUAUGCUGAUCUGGUGGGCAUGGACGAGGAGAAGAACAGAAUCGUGGAACAUCUGUCGGACAAGAGCAAGAAGAAGAGGUCGGUGAUCUCGAUUGUGGGGAUGGGCGGCCUCGGGAAGACCACUCUUGCUAAGAGAGUCUUCAACGAAGCAAAAUCCAGGUUCAGUCACUCGGUUUGGAUCGAUGUCUCCCAGCAGUAUUCCGCUGAGGAUCUCCUUGGAGAGAUUCUUCUGCAGGUCAAGAAGACCAGAGAAGGGGAACUCGAGAAAAUGACGAGGCCCAAGCGCGAGGAAAUGCUUUACCAGACCUUGCUGGCGGAUAACUACUUGAUCGUCAUGGAUGACGUGUGGGACACCGACGUUUGGAAAAUCCUCAGUCCGCAUCUCCCAGACACCGAGAACGGAAGCCGGGUGCUCAUCACCACCCGGUCCGUCGAAGUUGCCAGAUCUGCGGAUACAUCUACCCCUCCCCUUAAGCUGGGAUUUCUAACCGAGGAGGAGAGCUGGGAGCUCCUCUCCAGGAAGGCGUUCCCGAAUCAGGAGGAUAUCGGAGUAGUCUGUUCAGAACCGUUGAGGGAUGUCGGGAAACAGAUUGCGAGGAAAUGUGGGGGCCUGCCUCUGGCGCUGGUGGUGCUCGGGGGUCUGCUGUCGACGAAAGGUCCGUCACUUCGGGCGUGGAGGAGGGUCGCGGAGACACUAGUGUGGGAAACCAGCAAAGAUGGCCGAGUGUGCUUGGAUAUACUGGCGCUGAGCUACGAGGACUUGCCCCGUCGCCUAAAGUGGUGUUUCCUUUAUUUCAGUUCUCUUCCAGAGGACUUCGAGAUUGAAGUCGACAAGCUGAUUGGAUUGUGGGUCGCGGAGGGGUUCGUCGAGCAAAGAGCAGGUGAAACACUGGAAGAAACUGCAGAGGAUUACCUGGGAGAGCUCGUCCAGAGGUGCAUGGUGAUGCGAGAUGUAUCUGAGCUACGAUGCCGGAUCCACGAUGUGCUGCACGAUUUUACUGUUGCAGAGGCCAAGGAGGUGGGGUUCCUCGUCUCUCACGGGAUUGGAGACGACCGUGGGGCCUCCCAACUGGAUUCCUCCGUGCGGCGGCUUUCUCUUCAAGGGGAAAAAGCGUGGUGCUGGGACUCGCAGUCCACUCCAAGACUGCGCACCUUGCUGACGUUGGGAGCCCGUCGCAAAUUCGGUAAAAAUAGAACCUUCCCCUUUCUACAUCUGAAACUGCUCAGAGUCGUCGAUCUGGGGAGGACACGAAUCGCCAAACUGCCAGAACAGGUUGGAGACCUGAUCCAUCUUCGAUACUUGGGCUUGAAAAAUACAAAGAUAACGAGUCUUCCGUGUUCAGUGGGGAAACUUCGUCAUCUACAGUGCUUGGACGCGGAGUGGACGGAAAUCAAAACGAUGCCCCGAGGUUUCUGGAAGAUCGAGGCCCUACGCCAGGUCAUCGUUCCCUUUCCAGUGGAGCCGGAGAUGCUGGUGGCAGGCCUAAGCAACUUGCAGGUGCUCAAGAAGGUCCGGGCCGGGAGGUGGAUAGAUAGCUGCCUAGGGAGCCUUACCAGUCUCCGGGAGCUGCAAAUAAGAGGCAUCAAAGACUGUCAUCAUCCCGCGCUGUCAUCUUGGCUACUGAAGUUGCCACGCCUGAAGAAGUUGGGCUUGCGAGGCGAGUCGAUUCCAGAUUGUCUGUGGACAUCGUCCAGCUUUUCUUCCCUUCAGGUCUUAUCCCUGACUGGGGAAGUGAGGAGGCCACCACAAGAAUCAAGUUCUGGCGGCGACCAGUGGCCCCCCAAUCUUACCCAACUCACACUAGAGUACGCCAGUCUGAGUCAGGACUCGAUUGCGGCGCUCGAGAAGCUCCCUGAACUUACAUAUCUGUAUCUAGGUGCUGGAUCCUACGAAGGGAACGAGAUGAUCUGCUCCCGCGGCGGGUUCCCGAAACUGGAGUUCCUCGAACUUUUUGCACUGAAGAAGUUAGAGAGGUGGGUAAUUGAGGCCGGGGCCAUGCCCCGCCUGAGGAGCUUGUGGAUCACCUACUGCAGAAAGUUGGCGAUGCUUCCGGAAGGGUUGCAACAGAUGGCUGCAUUGAAGGAGCUCGAUUUGACUGAUAUGUCCCCUGAAAUCCGUUCGAGAGCUCAAAAGGAGGGAGAGGACUGGCCCAAAAUCCAACACAUACCUUCAAUCACCAUUACAGUCAUAUCGAGUGACGGCGAGGUCGUAUACGAGCGUAUUUCGGAUUAA